CUGUUUUGAAAGGUAGAAAUAAAUUCUUUAAUAUCUUACAAAACCCCCACCCAGUUGUAAAAAAGAACAUUUUAUUUCUAUAAUUUGUAAUAUUUUUUUUUAGUUAACACUGUUAACAGUAAUCUUUAAAAUAAAAAAUUUCAAAGAAAAGUAGGGAACCAAGAGUUGAAAAAUUUCGUGUUUGUCUCGAAAAUUUACAAGGAAAAAAUAGCCAAAAUCCGUAUUUGAUAUUAUCAAUAUUCAAUUGAUAAAACAGCGAUCGAGAGCACUGUCGGUGAAUAAUAAAAAUCCAGCACCAUCAUAUUCAAGACCAUUAAUAAUGAAUCAUAACAAACGUUCAACAUCAGUGAAUGCACGUAAUCAGACAAAAUCAAAACGGGCACCAAAUUUAACAUCACCCAGUGUUUAUACGGGAGCGUUUACAUCAUUGGACGAUGAAGUCACUAAAUUAAGUUGGUCAAAAAUUUUCCAACAUCGUGCAGCGUAUGCGCAAGGAAAUGUUCUGGAAGCAUGUGAUCCAUUACGCUCAUUGCAUUUUUUGAUUGAAGAGUUUUGCUCGAAAAUACAAGGGCAUGUCAAUUUAACCAUUGGCAAUGGGAUUCCCAAUACUGACUUAGAUCGCAUGCUUACUAACAUACGCGAGAUAAUGGUCCGAAUACCUCAAAACUUUAAUUCUGCGGAUACAAAGGGCGUAUGUUUAGUGUGUCAUAAGUUACGAACGAAAUGUGAAGAUAAAUUUGCUCAAACAAGUAAUGGAAAAUUGAAACCUCGAACCAAAACAAUAAAUCGACAAGUUCAAACCACAAAUAGCAACGGCAAACGUGCAAAUACAGCUGUUACCCAAGUAAAUUUAUUUGAAAGGCAAUUUGAAUCAAAAGUUAAAGUGAUUGAGGAAAAGCAUAAAUAUUUGGAAGAUGAAAUUACCCAAUUAAAAGACGAGAAUCAACGAUUACAAAAUGUGCUAACAAGAGAACGCGAAGAACUUAAUCAUCUGCGGGCUGAAAUUACUAUCAACGAAAAGGAUUAUCAAGAAGAAAAAUCAAAAUUUCUUAAAGAAAUUUUUUCAUUAGCCGAACAAAUUAAAAACAUGAAAGAACUUGAAGAAAGAUUAGACGAAAUGAAAGAUUUAAAGAAACAAAUAAAUGAAUUACAAUUACAUAAUAAAAUUUUAGAACGUGAAUUGGAACAAGCAAAUAAAGAAACAAUACAAGCACAAUUAAAAUAUGAAAAAAUGUGUGUAAUUAUUGAAAAUCGUGAAAAACAAUUAGUAAAAUUACAUCAAGAAUUUCUCAAUAUACAAGAACUUGUUAAUUCAAAUAAUCAUUUAGAACAAAUUGAAACGUCCUCACCAUCUAAUCAUCACGAUGGAAUAAUUUCGGAAUCAUGGGGUUUAAUAAGUAAUAUACCAACUCAAGACAAUAGCAUCAAUUCAAGUCAUAUGGAAACAACACCAUUACCAACCCGAUCACUAAAAAGACGAGAUAGGCGAAAAAGUGAAGAAACUGUAACAGUGUGUAAUAAUACCAAGAAAUUUUUAGAAUUACCAUCGGAUAUAUCAACCACAAGUAGCCAAAUUACAAAUUGUUCAGAUCGUUAUGUAAAUCAUAGACAAAAAUGAUUAAAAAUAACUAGUUAUGAGAAAUAGAAUCAUCGUAAUUAUUAUGAAAGACUUGAAUUUCUAUAAAAGAGUUUAAGUUUCAAAAUCAAUAAAUUUAGAAAAGAGCGACUUUUUAAAAACGAAUUAUGAUUGGUAACUAUUCAGAACACAAUUUCCUCUGAGGUCACUAUAUAAUUUUGGAAGGGUCUACUUACUAACGAAAUCUGGUAUUUUACAGGUCUAUUUUUAAAGCUAAAGAAUAGAAAUAAAGAUAAUACCUAUUUAUGAAAAAAAUAUAUUUUUAUGGAACUGGAGCAAAUUGACCGUUGUUAUUUUCAUUCUCUCUUUAAGUUUCUUUUGACAAAGUUCACUGAAACUCUUAAAAUUAGAAUUGUAAAACACUAGCAUUUAGAUCCCUUCAAAAGAUAUUAAAUUCUGUCAAGUUAUAGACCCUUUUAUAAUGUAUUUAAGACCUUGU